AAAUAUGGAAAACGACUAUUAUUUUGAAGCGUCAUCUCGUUUCCUGCUAUGGUCACGUGGUUUUUCAAGAUGGCCGCGCCCACAGCGCUGUAGCAGCUGAUAGAAGAUUGUGUCCAUGCGAGCGGGGUUUAAAUGACAGUUGAGAAGCAGCAGGUUACAACUGACAUCCCCGCAGAGAGACAGAGGAGUUUCUGAAAGGCUGUCCCAUCCUCAGCACCGCCAACAUGAGCAAGCAAGAAAAUCUAAUUCUCCCCAAAGACUUUCCUCAGCUAAAGAACGACACAUUCCUGAGAGCGGCACGAGGAGAGGAAACCGAACAUGUCCCAGUCUGGUGUAUGAGACAGGCUGGCAGAUAUCUACCAGAGUUCCGUGAGUCCAGAGCAGGGAAGGACUUUUUUGAGACAUGUCAGUCACCAGAGGCUUGCUGUGAGCUCACUCUGCAGCCUCUGAGACGUUUUCCCUUUGAUGCUGCCAUAAUCUUCUCUGAUAUCCUAGUUGUCCCACAGGCCAUGGGUAUGGAUGUCCAGAUGGUUGCAGGUAAAGGUCCAACAUUUCCAGAGCCUCUGAAGGAGCCAGAGGACCUGCAGCGGCUGCAGGUCAAAGUGGACACUGACAAAGAACUGGGCUACGUCUUCAGAGCCAUCACACUGACCCGACACAAAAUUGAGGGCAAAGUGCCACUAAUAGGAUUCAGCGGGGCUCCGUGGACGCUCAUGUCCUACAUGAUAGAAGGUGGAGGCUCCAACACUCACUCUAAGGCAAAGCGCUGGCUGUAUCAGCACCCCGAAGCCAGCCACAUGCUGCUGAAGAUGCUGACAGAUGUGAUCGUGGAGUAUCUGCUAGGACAAGUGGCAGCUGGAGCUCAGGCACUGCAGGUGUUUGAGUCCCACGCCGGCAUUCUGGGACCUGCAGAGUUUAAAGAUUUCUCGCUGCCUUACCUCCGAGACAUCGCUCGCCGCGUCAAAGAUAAACUGAAAGAGGCAGGACAGGAUGUCCCCAUGUUUUGCAACAAGGAUGCUCACUACGCCUUAGAGGAACUGUCUCAGUCUAAUUAUGAAGUGGUUGGCCUGGACUGGACCAUUGACCCACUAUCCGCACGGGAACGCACAGGAGGGAAGGUCAGCCUGCAAGGAAACAUGGACCCCUGUGCUCUGUAUGCUCCAAAGGAGCGCAUUUCAGACAUCGUGAAGAAGAUGUUGGAGGGUUUCGGCACAAGGGGCUACAUCGCCAACCUCGGCCACGGCGUUUACCCCGACAUGGAGCCGGAGAACAUAGGUGCCUUCGUCGAAGCUGUGCACCAGCACUCGAAACAGAUGAUCAAACAGAUAUGAAGAUAAAUGUGUAUGAAGAACCAAACCUGGCCUUAUGAUGGUGAUGCAAGAAAAAUGUAUAAUGAGGCAUUAUUUUAUUAAAAGCUCUAAACAGUA